UUAACAUUGUGUUGAAAUCCAUUUCCACCUCCCUGAUAUUAUCAGCAAAAAGUGACGACAAUCUUUGUACUGUGCAGUGUGUGGCAGACCUGUUGCACUGGAUUGCAUUAAAUUGUACUGGUGAACCUGAAAAGAUAAGAAGAAAUGCAUGCUAAUGGUUUGUUGACCGUUAACUGACUGAAAUAAUAAUGAUUUAAAUAUAUUACACCAGCAGCUACACCUACUUUAUCCUUUAGAAGGUCACUGCCCCUGAUGUUUACCACAAUGUGGGAGCAACAACAGUCUGCCACUAUUUUCAAAUAGUCAAGUGCCGAUUAUAUGCUGUAUUUUUGAAAUAUAUGUAUGUAUUAUAAGGCCUGUUAAGACUGCAAGCACUUUAAGAGUUUGGAUCUCACUGCUGCAGGCAUGUUAUUUAUCUCAGUAAAAAAAAAAAAAAAAAAAAAAAAACACUUUUAGAAGCUGAGUGGGAUUCCUACACCUAAUAAAGCAAUGAAAACUAGUUACGUUCUCUGUUGUCCAUAACAGAUAUAUACAACCGUUCAAAAGUUUUAUAUUAGUUAAAGUUGCUCUAUAUUCGUUAAAGUUGCUGUACAUUAGUUGGAGUUGCUCCAAAUUAAAGUUGCUCUACAUUAGUUAAAGUUGAUCUAUAUUAAAGUUGCUCUACAUUAGUUGAAAUUGCUCUAUAUUAGCUAAAGUUGUUCUACAUUAGUUAAAGUUGCUCUACACUAGUUAAAGUUGCUCUAUAUUAAAGUUGCUCAGCAUUAGUUAAAGUUGCUCUAAAGGAGUUAAAGUUACAUUACCAUGAGUUACAGGAUGUUUUUUCGCAGUGGUAUUACCAGUUUCUGAACCAACUUGUUACAUUUUCAUGGCUAAAGUUAAGCCGUUUCCAGCUAGAAUAUUCAUCUACCACAUUAAUAAUGUCUAGAUUGGAUAUAUGAUUCAUUUAAUCCCAACUUUUGAACAGCAGUGUAGACUAUUUGGAGGGAUUCUGCCUUUUUCAGUAAGGGUUGUAAGUUUUUGAUCAAAUUUCAUCUUUGUGUCGACAGUAUUGGUUUGAACCUCAUUAUCAGAAAUAGAUUGGUACAUGUUGAAAUUCAGACAUAGUAUUACUCAUGCUGGGUCCAGCAACCUAAACAUCUUCUUCUUUGUUCAUUGUCAGUCCAAAAACCAGCUUAAACUGCUAACUGGUGUUGUGCAGGAGAUUGUGAUGAACUGUGGGAACCCCUUAGCUCUGAAUACCACUUUGAAGUAUCAUAAAAAAUGUCCUUCAAAGGUUUAGUGUACUGUGUAUACAGAUAAAAAUCAUUUGGAUUAGAACAUCUAUUGGAUACUUUCUGACCUAUUGAAGUCAGUCUUGAGAGGAGGGAGGAUUUACAACUUUAAGGGCUGUCUGCCAAAUCCCUCAAAUAAGGCGGACCGGUGGAAUGCACUUCCACUCAUGCACAUAACGUCUGCUGACAACAUCCUUGACCUCCCGUGGAAGCUGUGCCUUUUUCCUGCAUCUCCGAGAAGCGCGACGAGCAGACAAUAUGAAGCCCAAAUCUCUUGCAUCGAGGCUGUUUGAAAGGAAUUCAGCAGCAGCAGCCAAAAUUCUGAAAGUUGGUGGAGCAAAGUACCAGCUGCACGUAGACUGCGUUGAUCAGACCGAGAAACCGGAUCACGAAGAUGGCAAACAAGUAGCGGUCGACUGCAGACCGAAGGAGAAGAGCCCAAAAGAAGUGCACUUCGCCUUUCUGCAGGAGAAGUAUGAGCUGCUGAAAGAAGAUGAAGCAAGAGUGAAAGCAAAAGAGGAGAAGAAGCAGAAGAAGAAGGAAAGCUACAAAAAAGUGAAGAAGAAUGUUGGCAAGGCUCUUUGGUACAGCUGGAAGUGUCUAGUGAUUGGGCUUUACAAUUUCAGUCUUGGGUACUCUACCCCGAUUACAGUAGCAGCUACUUUUGCCCCUGACUUUCACCAAGGCCGAGACAGAACCUGAGCGGAGCUGUGAGGUUCUCUUCCUGUUUGCUCUCUGUACAUAACCAAUAACCCACGACUGUGACCAAAGAAUUUGAAUAUGUUUCUAAUAUUUGUGAAUUUGAAAUACCUUUUCUGUCUGUCUUUUUUAAAGUGUAAAUCAAGCAUUGAUUCAUAUGUUUGUUGUGCUUUAAGCGACUCAUUUGUCGCUGUAAAAUCAAUACAAACUCAUUCUAUUAGUAGGAAAACCAUGUUCUUAUUAAGAAUCUUGUUAUAUUCUAACCAAAUAACCUUGUUAUCGUGGAUUUAUCUAUUUGCACAUAUGCUUUUCCAACUCUUAAAAGUAAUUUUGUUAUUCCUGGUAAUUGUUUAUGCUAAAAUCCUAAUGUCUUGUUGCAGGUAUUAAUCUACAGUACAGUUAAAUUACAUGUAUAUAUACUUUGAACCCACCAGAUUUGCAGAUAUAUGCUGCAACUAGUUUGUUAAGAACAUAAAAUUCUGCUCAUAGGGUGUAAAACUGCUCUUUGCAUUGACCCACAGACCUCUAUAUAUUCCCCUCACGCCCAAGUCAAACACUCACUAACCAUCAGACGGCUUUUUUCACGUGCAGAAUGUUUUUAUCAGGUGACUAGCUGGUGUUUGCAUGUGUCCAGAGGGAUAAUGAUUGCAUGUGGUUACCUAUGGCAGGUCAGCAAUAACAGUAAUUUACUGAGGCUGCAGAUAAAGUGAUUGAUUUACAAGCAGGAAGGAUUUAACUAGGUAGUUAUCAUCAGUCAAGGAAACAGAGCUGACCGGUAAAGUCGACUCCCACAGUGAGAAGGAGGCUGGGCCACCCUCUUCCUGCAGAGUUGGGACACUUAAACACAGAUUUACAAGGUAUUUUUAAUUUCCACAGCUCUGCUGGACAAUGGACAAAGCUGUAGGUAAUGAUGAUGAGGAGGUUUUGACGAUAGAAAUGGACUUUAAGUUCACGAGAAUUCUCUGUUGGGAACAAAAUGACAUGACCUUUGAAAGGUGUCCAAAACAUUUCAGUGUUUCUGUACGUGUAUGUUUGAUCAUUUGUAAAGAUUUUGAAAGUUGUUGUAUUUGUAAGUUGGCGUGUAUUAAAGCUUUAAUGUGUGUGCACCAAAA